GUUUCAGUGGUUUGAAUUAGCGAUAGCUGUAGCAGUACUCUUCUGAAUUUUUAUUCAAUAGUGAUUCAAUUGCAUAAGUAGAAUACUUUUUUCACUCGAAGAAAUUUAUGCACGAACACAGAAAAACAAAAUGACGAACAAUCUUAUAUGUCUGACCAUGCGACAACAACUUAAGUUUUUUCGGCUGAGCUCCUCAAGCAUUAUGCUAGUGCUUUUGCUCUCUGCAUUGCUAUGCAGACCGGCGAAUUGCUCCUUGCAACUACCAGGUUCAUCCUCCCAUCAACCGGAUGCAGAACAUACAGUUGAGGAACCAAAUGCAAAUGGUAGUACACAACGACCCUCUAGCUCUACUAGGUCUAGAAGAACAAGCCGAGUCAGUUGGAACAACCAAGGACAAGUAGAUGACAGCCAACUUACUCCAGUAACCGAUCUUUCUCUAAUAGGACCUCCAUCUUUCUUGAGCACUACUUCUAAUGAUGCUCGUUCAUCAACAAAAACUACAACGUCGACGUCGACCGGGCAAAGUCCACGGUCCUCGUCGUCGACGUCUUCCGAUGCGUCUACACCAUCACCUACUGCUGCAGCUUCUCCUGAAGAUCAGAUAUCCUCCGUAGUUGCCCAGCCUCCGCCAAGAAGCAAAAGGCCUGAGCCAAGUGAUAGAUGCAUGAUAUGUUUGCAGGAUCUAAAAGAGGCGCUGUUGGAGGCUGCGUCUGCGUCUCCUGAUACUGCUGAACAAGAAUUUCACUCACAACCUUCUGCUUCUGGAUCUGGUACGAGUAGGAAACAACUCCAAGCACAACCAUCUUCUCGUCCAAGUCGGAAACAACCACAAGAAGAAUCAUCAAAAAUCAAGGAGGACAAGAAUAUCUUUUGCGCAACUACCUGUGGUCACCGCAAUGCCCACACUUCAUGCAUGCGAACCUGGAUGGAACACUCCAAGGACAAAGCAGGGACAAAGCGUGAGAGUUUGUUUUGCCUCCAAUGCAUGGGACCCCUAGAGUUUGAAGACGAGCUGAAAGCUGGGUUGUACGAGUUUUAUGAGUAUGAUGGAGGUGCUUCGAUUAGCACAAGUCAACAAGAUGGACAUCAAGGAGGCGGACGUGGCUCUCGUCGUGGUGGAACGCCUAGAACACUAGACGCUCCGGCUUCUGGUCGUGGAAGAUUACAGGGUGAAGAAAUUGGAACCUCCGAAGCUAGUCGUCCGAGUAGCCCUGAAGACAUGAUAGGAUCAACAGGGACACCAGCCGUCUUGGAGGUACACCCAUUAUCAUCUUUUUUGCUAGUCUUGCCUUCAAGUUCAACUGCUGCCCAAGGACAAGGAGAACCAGAUGAGGCUAUGAUUGAAACAGCAGAUCGUUUGCCUGAUGGACAAGACCAAAGACGAGACCAAGAUAUUACAAGCGCUGAUCAUCAUGCUGGUUUCGACACACCGCCUCCUGCUCCUUCUGCUGCGAGCCCAUUUCCCCCUCCACCUAUUCCCGACAUCACAGGCUCUGGAACAACUACGAGAUGCGUAGUGUGUGCACGCAAAUUGCGAUUCCGGUUUUCGUCAACAUCUUCUGGCUUUUGUCCCCGUCCUCCAGGAGGUACUAGGAGCGUUCUCGAGGAUUCCGAUGAAGAUUACAUCAUGGACGAGGACGGUGACGGUGUAGAUCAUAAUCCCCUCGGUCAGCAACAAGAUCCAGGAACAAGUCCUGCUGGUUUUCGACUUCUACGUCUCCAGAGAUGGCGGCAAAUAAGACGGCGCGCCUUGCUUCAAGGUGGAGGUUCGCCAAGCAAUGAGCACUCUGUGGAUGAAGGAGAAGGUGACGAGGGUCAUGAUCAUGUUCACGUUGGCGACAGGACGACGAUAACGAGUCAGCCGACGACAGACCUAGGUGAAGCUGAAAUGGAUCAUGAGCAUGUUGGAGACAGGACAACGAGAGAAGCCACAGACCUAGAUGAAGCUGAAGUGGCGCUCAGCAUAGAAGAUGCAGCCCGAAGACGAGGAUUGACUACGCAUAGAGGGAGUGCAAUGGACGACCUACACGAUGACGAGGUGGAAGAAGUCGAAGGUCUGCUUCAGGAUCAACAUCAACAUCAAGACGACCCUCUUCCUGCGUCCUCAAGAACGACUACGAGAACCACAACUUCUAGUAGGCAGCUGCCACGAAGACGACGACCAAGACCAUACUUGCAAGUAGAUCCUGAUUCUGACGAAUUUCUGGAGGACACGACGUCUAGCAGGCCCUUCCUUUUUAGCAAUUCAGCUCGCGUCUUACAACUCCAAGAGGCGCACGAUGAGCUCUCUCCUCUGAAAAUCCGGUUUACAGGUUGUGGGCAUGGCUGUCACCUUCGAUGUCUGGCUGACCUACUAGACGUGGAGAAGCUGUGCUUCACUUGUCCUUGUAAAGAAGGCAUACUGGACCCUUCUAGUGGUGGGACAGAUGAAUCCGCUGGAGGUCGUUCCUCUUCAACAUCAAAUGCAUCUUCGAGUUCAUCAAAUGGUGCUGGUACUGGUAGUGGAAGUAGUACUACUGGAACUGCAACUACACGAACUCUUGGCGAUAAUUCCUCCGGCAGAAGGAUUACUUCUCCGUGGUCUCAUACACUCACCUCUCCACCUACCCCCUAUCGUUCUGAGCUAGAGUACUUGGUGAGAGGAUAUCAUCGCGACGACCGCCUUCCAAGGACGUUGAGAAUGUUGCGGGAGAGAGUGUAUGGCCCAACCGGCUCUGGUGCAGCAACUACAGGCACUGUUAGGUCAAGUGCUUCAAAUUCAAUGUCUACAAGGC